AUGAACAGAGCAUUAAAUAAAACAACCCUCAAGAAUUUGAGUGGUCUCAUCCAGAGGUUCCAGAGCACCUUGGUUGUCGCAGAACACAACAAUGAAAAGCUGACCCCCAUCACGCUCAGCGCCAUCACUGCUGCCAGUAAAGUGGGGGGUGAUGUGUCUUGUCUGGUUGUUGGAACAAACUGUGCAACUGUUGUGGAGGAACUCACGAAAGUACAGGGUGUGAAGAAGGUUCUCGUUGCCCAACAUGAAGCGUACAAAGGUGCUUUGCCAGAGGAGCUGACUCCUCUUAUCCUUGAAACACAGAAGCAGUUCAAGUUCAGUCACAUCUGUGCCGGAGCGUCCGCAUUCGGAAAGAACCUGCUUCCCAGAGUUGCUGCCAAGUUGGAUGUCGCCCCAGUUUCAGACAUUAUUGAGAUUAAAUCUCCCGAUACAUUUGUCAGGACCAUUUAUGCAGGAAAUGCCCUCAGCACUGUGAAAUGUAACGAGGCGGUCAAAGUCUUCACUGUCAGAGGGACGGCUUUUGAGGCGGCUCCAUCAGAGGGAGGAGGUGCUACUUCAGAAGAAGUGGCUGUGGCUCCCGCAACUGGAGUUUCUGAGUGGCUGGAACAGAAUCUGACAAAGAGCGACCGUCCAGAGCUGACCAGCGCAAAGGUGGUGGUGUCAGGAGGAAGGGGCUUGAAGAAUGGGGAGAACUUCAAGCUGCUUUAUGACCUUGCUGACAAAAUGAAUGCUGCAGUGGGUGCGUCCAGAGCCGCGGUGGACGCUGGGUUUGUUCCCAACGACAUGCAGGUUGGACAGACCGGCAAGAUUGUUGCACCGGAAUUGUACAUUGCAGUUGGCAUCUCUGGAGCCAUCCAGCACCUGGCUGGAAUGAAGGACAGCAAGACGAUUGUUGCUAUCAACAAGGAUCCAGAGGCUCCCAUUUUCCAGGUGGCUGACUAUGGUUUGGUAGCUGAUCUUUUCAAGGCUGUUCCUGAGAUGACAGAAGCUCUGAACAAAUGA